CGUUCGUGUGGAGGAGAAAGAAGGAGUUCUGUUGACUGAACAGACCUUGUGUUUUGAUCUGCACCUUGGACCUCUCAUCCAGCCAGGACACGGGCAAGCAGCACCAUGAGAUACACCACAGGGCCAGGUGAUGCAACAGAUUUGCCACAAAGGUUCACUUUCAACCCAAAAGAAGGGAUUGACAAUCCAACCUUGGUUAUCUCAGAUGACACAGAGCCCGCUCUGUGUCCGCGGUUGUGUCUGCUGAAGCGAGAGGAGGGUGAAGGCUUUGGUUUCUAUCUGAGGAAGGAGACAGGCUGCAGGGGCCAUGUGGUGCAGCAGGUGGCCCCCUGGAGUGCAGCGGAGCGCAGUGGCCUGAGGGAUGGAGACCGCGUUCUGGAGGUCAAUGAGAACUUUGUGGACAAUCAAGAGUAUGAAAAGGUGGUGCUGAAGGUGCAGGCCUCGGGGCUGCAGCUGUGUCUGCUGGUGUUGAGGGCUGAGGACUAUGAGCUGGCUGUGUCGGAGGGAAUGGACCUCAUGGCUCUGGCCAGAGCCUACAGAGGAGAAGGCUGUGCUCGCCCACGUUUGUGCCACAUCAUCAGAGAGCCAGGCUGUGGUCUGGGAGUCAGCAUCAUCCCUGUUGAAGGGGAGAGAGGGAAGUAUUAUCUGAAUCCUGUGAGUGAAGGUCCGUCAGAGAAAGCAGGCGUUCAGCCGGGAGAUCGUCUGCUCUGGGUCAAUGGGGUCAUGGUCUCCACUCUCACACAUUCGGCGCUGGCUAAAAUGGUUAAGAGGAGUAGUGAAUUCAUGACCAUCAUGGUCAUAGACAGCAGAAGUGAAGAGAGCUACGUUCGCAGAAGGCUCCCCAUUCUCCCUGCGUUUGCCAGUGUUCACAAUCUCCCUCACAGACCAAAAACCCUGAAUCUCGUUCAGACACCUCAGGGCUACGGCUUUCUGUUAAGACAGGAGAAGCUGUCUUCAGGACAAAUAGCUCACCUGCUGCGGGAGGUGGACCCCCACAGCCCAGCUGAGCUGGCAGGAAUGGAGGAUGGGGAUCUGCUGUUGGCAGUCAACGGAGAGCAGGUGGAGAACACGGCGCAUGAAGACAUCGUCAGCAGAAUACGGCAAAGCGGUCAGCAGGUCACACUGACCACCAUCUCCAUCCAAGGCAGAGACUACUACACACAGCUUGGUUUCUCACCGCUGUUGUUUUAUGAACCAACCAUUUCCAAAACGGAGCGAUUUCCCGAGCUCACUCUGCCACGCAAAGACAUGCACAUUAAUCUGCAGUGUCCUCGGCUGUGUGUCCUUCACAAGGAGGGCACGGGAUUUGGCUUCAACUUGGCUUGUGUCCAGAACAAGACCUACAUCAGCCAGGUGGCAGCUGGGCGUGCUGGAGAGAGAGCAGGCUUGCGGCAGGGGGACGUGGUCAUGGAGGUGAACGGGCAGAAUGUUGAGGAGGAGCACUUUGAAGAGGUGCUGAGGGUGAUUAAGAAAGGAGGCACUCCUCUGAGGCUGCUGGUUGUCGAGAGAGGAGGCUAUGAAACACUGAGAAAGAGCGGCCUGACAGUCAACCCAGCCCUAAUCUCACACAGCAUACAGGUUCCAGAUUCAACACAAGACCAUUUUCUGUAAAGCAUGCUAAUCUGGAUCAGAUGAACUCUGUGAUUCCUCUGAUCAUUGCUAAAGGAUUACGAGGGAAACUGAAGAGCUGCCAUCCUGUUGAAUGCACGGAAUAUCUUAUCUGCUGCCAUGUCAAUGAACUAAAAGGUAUAAAGGUUGAGUUUGAAGAGAUUUAUGUGGUUAAAUAUGAACUUGUUUUACUCCUAGUUUCACAAUGACGCCUGACAAUACUGUGCUUGUUGUGCGUGCGUCAAGACAGGUAAUGUUCAGUGCUGUAUAUAAAAAUAACUUCCAUAUUAUCAUUAGAUUUUAGUGGUAAAAACUGUAUAAAAUGUCUGUGUAUGUAAAAUACAUAGCAAAUUGCACUUUAUUUCCACAUGCACAUGUAUGUACUCAAAUGUAAUUUCUUGAGUUGAGUUUUUAUUAAAAAUAAUUUUAGUUUGUA